CGCCGUGCCAAGCGGAACGCGGCAUUCGAAUUAACAAUACGUGUUUGUCCAAUUCGGAAAUUGAGUAACCACGAUGUGGGCCUUAUCAGCUUUUCUGCUGCUACUCUGCCUCCAACGGGUGAAGUCGGAUGAAGCUGCUGCAGCACGGCGACCUAACAUAAUUAUUAUAAUGGCCGAUGACAUGGGCUUCGACGAUGUGAGCUUUCGCGGUGGCCGGGAGUUUUUAACUCCCAACAUCGAUGCCUUGGCCUAUCACGGUCGUCUACUGGAUCGUCUUUACGCCCCGGCCAUGUGUACUCCCUCCCGGGGAGCACUACUCAGCGGCCGAUAUCCAAUACACACGGGCACCCAACACUUUGUGAUUAGCAACGAAGAGCCUUGGGCGCUGACCCUCAACGCCACUCUAAUGCCGGAGAUCUUUAGAGGCGCUGGGUACUCCACCAACCUGGUGGGAAAGUGGCAUCUGGGCUUCUCCCGACCGGAAUACACGCCCACUCAGCGCGGAUUUGACUACCACUACGGCUAUUGGGGCGCCUAUAUAGACUACUACCAGCGACGAUCCAAAAUGCCGGUGGCCAAUUACAGUCUGGGCUAUGAUUUCCGGCGGAACAUGGAGCUGGAGUGCCGGGAUCCAGGGGUUUACGUCACCGACUUGCUGACCGCCGAGGCGGAACGGUUGAUCAGGGAGCAUGCCGAAAAGGAGCAACCGCUCUUCCUGAUGCUCAGCCAUCUGGCCACCCAUACGGCCAACGAGGAUGAUCCUCUGCAGGCUCCCGAGGAGGAGAUACGCAAGUUUUCCUACAUCAAAGAUCCCAAUAGGAGAAAAUAUGCGGCGAUGGUCUCCAAACUGGACCAAAGCGUCGGACGUAUUGUCAGCACUUUGGCCGCCAAUAAUCAACUGGAGAACAGCAUUGUGAUCUUCUACUCGGACAAUGGAGCCCCAUCAGUGGGUAUGUUUGCGAAUACGGGAUCGAAUUUUCCGCUCCGUGGCCAGAAGAACACUCCGUGGGAGGGCGGAGUGCGGGUGGCAGGCGCCAUUUGGAGUUCCCAGCUGCAGGCACGUGGUUCCAUCUUCGGCCAGCCCAUCUACGUAGCCGACUGGUUGCCCACCCUGUCCCACGCGGCGGGCAUUGAGUUGGAUGGCUCCCUGCAACUGGACGGGAUCGAUCUGUGGCCCCAGUUGGCGGGAUCGGCUGAUGCUCCCCACGUUCCUCGAGAGAUCCUGCACAUUUUGGACGACGACUGGCGGGUGGCUGCCCUCCAACUGGGUCAGUGGAAGUACGUGAAUGGCACCACUGCCGCUGGCCAGUACGACACGGUGCUCACCUACCGGGAACUGGAUGACCUGGAUCCGCGCGAGAGUCGUUAUCCGGUGACGGUACGCAAUUCCGCCACUUCAAGGGCUCUAUCCCGCUUCGACCUACGACGACUGACGCAACAGCGGAUCUCGGCCAUUCGGCGAUCGGCUGCCGUGCGUUGUAGCGAUCUCCAGAGGUCUUGUAAUCCUCUGCUGGAGGAGUGUCUGUACGACAUCUCCACGGAUCCCUGCGAGCAGAGCAAUCUGGCCUACUCAGCCAGGCACUCCGAUGUUUUGGCCGCCCUGCGAAAACGAGUUCAAGAAUUGAGGGAAAGUGCAAUGAGGCCGGGAAACCAGGCCAGCAUGCCGGACUCCAAUCCCAAGUGGCACACUUGCGCCUGGGAGUCCUUCGAAGUGCAGAAGCCCAAAAUCGUACCAAUGGAGUGCGAUUACCAAGGCGUACCCUGUUAAUAAGCCCGAAAAAAAAGGAUGCAAAUCAAAGAUUUUAGCCAUCGAUGGAUGAAAACGUUAAGUGAAUUGAACACAAAAUUAACUUUAUUUUAGAAACUCAUGAUCUAGUUGUCUACAAAAAUAAUAUAUAAAACAUAUAACAUUUAUUU